GGAUUUCUACUUUGGGUGUUUCUGAUGACAUUGGUGUAUCUUGGACUCUUUGUUCCUCAGAUGCAUUUGAUGUCGUUUUGUAAAGAUGUUGGCAUACCAACUUACAUAAGCGUAUACAACAUUACCUUAAUGUGUGGCAUGGAGACUGCUGGAAAGGUUAUCUCAGGAAAAUUGGUUGAUAAACUUAACUGGAGUGUUCAUACCUAUAAUAUUCUAGCUAUAUUAAUUCUGGCCGUAUCAAUAACUUUGCUACCUUUGGCGAAGACGUCAACUCAUAUGUUCACUUUUUCUAUUUUCUUUGGAUUUGCUCUGGGAGUCCAGUCAUUGUGUGUCAUCAUCAUAACUCCUGAAGUGUCCCACCCGGAUGACGCGAAGCACGCAGUGACUUAUUUAUUUGGGGCUCUCAGUAUACCGGGGGGCAUCGGGCCAGUUUUAGCAGCAUGGAUAUUCGACGUCACCCGCUCAUAUCGUUUAGCAUUUUUCAUUUCUGGGGGAUUCUUCGCUUGUGCUGGUUGUCUUGCGAACCUGAUUCAACUGAUAACCUCUAAGACUACAAACGGCAGUUUGGUAUUUGAUUCGAGUGUAAAAGAGGGCGAUAGCGAAGGCGUGGAAAUAGAUGAGAACCGGUGUUGAUUUUUGCACAAAUCAUGCAGGUCAAGUCGAAGUUACCAGAUCACAAACAAACGUAAUCUUGACUUUUGUUGUUAACCCGUUUCAAUAAUUUUGGAUACAAAAAGGCUAGUCAAAAGGUUCACCCAAGGUCAUUGGCGUGGGCUGUUUAGUGCUGCGCACGCGCUAAAUUUGAACGAGUAAAGAUUGGUAAAAAGUGACCUGAUUGCCAAAAAAUUAAUUUAAUGCGAACUCAACAAUGUAAUUACCAUUUCCCCAAUUUCUUUCGACUGCAGUGUUUUAUCAUUUUUCUUUUUAGAAAAAUGAGGAAAAUGAUAAAAAGCUGAAUCAAAAUUUAAACUUCGCUAUAUCAAAUUAAUAGAAGGCUUGAAUUUCAAUGGUAUGUCAUUUCGCAUGCAGACAUGAGAUGCAGUGACUAUGUCAAUAAACCCAGUGGGGGAUCUAGGAGUGUGCAAAAUAAAUCACUUUCACUUGAAACA